AUGGCUGGUGCAGCUUCUGGAGAAAGAACCUUACAAGAAACACCAACAUGGGCUGUGGCUGUAGUCUGCACAGUGUUCGUCAUCUUCUCUAUAUUAAUUGAACACGGAAUCAAUUCACUUGGAAAGUGGUUUCAAAAACGACAAAAGAAGGCCAUGAGCGAAGCCUUGGAGAAAAUCAAAGCGGAAUUAAUGAUAUUAGGAUUCAUUUCCCUGUUAAUUACUUUUGGUACAAAAUAUAUUGCAAAGAUAUGCGUCCCUGAGAAAGUUGGUGACACCAUGCUUCCAUGCAAGAAGGUGAAAGUGUCAAAUGACAAGAGGAUGUUACUUUCUUUUGAGGAGAAUGUGGAAUGGCGUCGAGUUUUGGCAGCUGCCUCUGGUGAUGACUAUUGCUCUAAAAAAGGUAAAGUGCCUUUAGUCUCUGAGUCUGGGGUGCACCAAUUGCAUAUAUUUAUAUUCGUCCUCGCUGUUUUUCACAUUUUCUACAGCGUCAUGACUAUGGUAUUAGCCCGAGCAAAAAUGAAGAAAUGGAAGGCUUGGGAAGCGGAAACAUCCUCCCUAGAGUAUCAAUUUACAAAUGAUCCUGCAAGGUUCAGGUUUGCGCAUCAAACAUCAUUUGUUAGGCGUCACUCUGGUUUGUCUAGGAUGCCGGGAAUUCGAUGGAUAGUAGCAUUCUUCAGGCAAUUCUUUGCGUCUGUCACUAAGGUGGAUUACAUGACUAUGCGGCAUGGAUUUAUUAAUGCUCAUUUUGGUCCCAAUAGUAAAUUUGACUUCCAGAAAUACAUCAAGAGAUCAAUGGAGGACGAUUUUAAAGUAGUCGUGGGUAUAAGUGUUCCAUUAUGGGCUUCUGCACUCAUCUUUCUGCUUCUGAACGUUUACAAAUGGUACACGCUCACCUGGCUGUCAGUAGCGCCACUAGUGAUACUCUUAUUAGUUGGCACGAAGCUUGAACUUAUAAUCAUGGAAAUGGCCCAAGAAAUCCAAGAUCGAACUACAAUCGUUAGAGGAGUCCCCGUGGUACAACCAAACAACAAGUAUUUCUGGUUUAAUCGCCCCGAGUGGAUUAUCUUCUUGAUCCAUUUUACCUUAUUUCAGAAUGCCUUCCAAAUAUCCUAUUUUUUGUGGACGUGGUACGAGUUUACCAUCAAAUCUUGCUUCCAUGCAAACUUGCCACUAAUACUGACAAGGGUUUUACUUGGGGUGGCAUUACAAAUCCUAUGCAGUUACAUUACGUUUCCUCUCUAUGCCUUAGUAACACAGAUGGGAUCUCACAUGAAGAAAGCAAUCUUUGAGGAGCAAACUGCAAAGGCACUUAAGAAAUGGCAAAAGGCUGCAAGGGAUAAGAGAAAGUUAAGGGAAGCAGGGGCAGAUGUCCCUUCAGGAUACAUGAGUGGAGAAACAACGCCAAGCCAAGGCACAUCACCAAUGCAUUUGCUUCACAAGUACAAGCCUAGCCACUCUAACUCAGAAAGCGUUAUCAACUCUCCACGAUCAUACCAAUCUGAUACUGACUUAUCAGAGACAGAGGGAUCCACACACGAACUGAAAGAAAUAACUAGAACGCAUAUAGCUCCACUGAAUGAAGAAACUCAUAACAUCGACUUUUCCUUUGUUAAGGCUUAA